AUGAAUUGGGACGACGACGACUUUUCUGUGACACCUGCAAAGACCAAGACUACCAUCAUCAACAGCUGGGAGGACGACUUGGACGAGCCUUUGUUGGACGACUUUGCCUGGGACGAUGACGAAGACGACAAAACAGAGAAGAAACCAGCUAUUAAAGGGACAAAGCCCAAGCCAAAGGCUCCAGUUGUUGCCAAAGGCAAGAAGGGCUCGAAAAAGACCAGUUCCAAUGACAGAGUGUUGUUGGAGGUAGACACCUUAGAUGAGGCUACUCGUAAGAAGCUAUUAAAGGAGAAGCAGUUGGAGUCGGAUCUCAACAAUGCUGCUGAUUUGUUUGGAACCUUAGGAGUCGCUGACGACUAUGACGACGAUGCCAUUAACGAGCAUCCCAAAGCUAAAGCUUUAAAGGAGGCUUCUGAGAAUUCUAGCUCUAAACCACAACAGGAACUUACAGUUGACACCCCAUUAACUGUUCAUCCAAUUUUUGAUCCCGAGAGCAAACAAGAUUAUGAGAAGUUGAGAAAACAAUUAUCAUCGACAUUGACUCCAUUAGCUAAGAAGUCGUCAUUGAAUUAUUCCUCACAAUUAGCAAUUGGGCUAAUUAGGGAUUUAAGUAAAGAAUUAAGUUCUGAGAACAUUCGAAAAGUGAUUUCGACACUUAAUGUAAUUGUUAAAGAAAAGACAGCGGCAGAAAGACAAGCUAGACUAGCCAAAACUGGAGGAGCCUCAGUUGGUGGUGGAAAAAAGAAAGUCAAGGGAAAAAUUAAUCUUGGAGGUGGUUUUAAAAAGGAUAACGAUCUGAUUCAGCCUUAUUCUAAAUAUGAUGAUGAUGGUUAUGAUGAUUUUGAUGAUUUUAUGUGAAUAGAAUAGAGUAGAAUAGGCUAUAAAAUUAGUUAAAAUUAUAAUUGAUUUCAAAUUUAAACUCAAUAUCAAUUUGAUCUUUCAGUUACAAUUUAAUCUUUAUCCUUUUCCCUUUUUCUUUUUUUAAUCUUUCGCUUUUAGUUUUUAGUUUUUAGUUUUUCAUUUACAUUUACAUUUAUAUUUACAUUCAC